AUGGGCAAAGUCCUUUUGGCCAUCGUGGCCGCCGUUUUCGGCGUCAGCCUGUUUUUUGUGUUGAAUCGACCAGCUACAAAGUUGAACUUCCCCAAGAACGGAUAUUAUGGCACGGGUGAGCCAAAGAACGACGACACCAGCAUCAAUCCUUUCAAGAUUCAGGUCUCGGACAAGGAUAUUAAUGUAGGUGGAGGUUUUGAGGGAUUUUUGGUUGUUGUUUGGAUUGUUGAGGUUGAAUUGGUAGUUAUAAGAUAGAGGAGAAAGUGGGGAUUAUUUUAAUGUAAAAUACGUUAUGGAAAAUGUUUUUAAAAUGUAAAUAUGAAAGGUUUCCUGAGAAACAUCAAAAUUUUGCGGAUAUUGACAUAGGUGGUUGUUUUGAAAUAAAUCAUAUUUAUUAUGUUUCUGGCUGUCAUAAAUUAUUCUUUAAUAGAUAGUGAUGAGUCUAAAGAUACUUUUAGGUGUGAGAUAACGUAAAUACGAUAUAUUUUAAUAUAGUUUUUGAACUGUUUUGGCUACCAACAUCAAAAUUUAGAAACUAAAAAGAUAGGUAUAGGUGGAUGUUUUGAGGAAAAUGUGUUGAAUUUUUAAACGAAUGUCAAAUAAAAUGUUAGUAAUAAGAUAGGCAAGGUUUUACUGUGCCUUUUUUUGGAUUUAAAAACCUUGUUUUAGGACCUAAAAGAGCGUCUGAAGAACGCGCGUGUUGGGCACGAAGGUCUGGAGGAUGUUCAAGAUUUUAACUACGGAUUCAAGAAGACAACCCUGAUGCAAUGGCGUGAUUACUGGAUGAACAAGUACGAUUGGCGUAAAGCUGAAGCUCAAUUGAAUGCUUUUCCUCAAUUUACGACUCAAAUUGAAGGUCUGAAGAUUCAUUUUAUUCACGCUAAAGCUGCUUCUGGCUACAAGAAGGUGGUACCACUGCUACUUGCUCAUGGCUGGCCUGGUAAUGUCUAUGAGUUCUAUAAGAUCAUACCAAUGUUGACUGAUCCUAAGAAGCACGGAUUUGGAGGAGAAGUCGCGUUUGAAGUGGUUGCUCCGUCUAUGCCUGGUUAUGGAUGGUCUGAGGCUAGUCACAAGUCUGGUAAGGGGUUUUCCAUGUAGAAAUGGCACUGCAUAUGGUUGGAAAGAAAGUUUCUGCAAUUUUUCGUUGUGUAAAGAAAGUUCUUGCCAUUUUUUGUUUUGUAAAGAAAGUUCUUGCCAUUUUAUACUUUUUAAAGGAAGAUCUUGUCAUUUUGAGCUUUGUGAAGAAAGUUUUUGCCUUUUCCCAAUAUUAAUGAUUUUUACGGACCGUUUCACAAAUUUUCACCCUUUUCAGGAUUGUCCGCCUUCGCCGUGACCAGAAUUUUCAAAAAGCUCAUGACCGACCGCCUGAAGUUCCCCAAGUUCUUAGUCCAAGGUGGAGACUGGGGAUCACUCGUGGCUAGCGCCAUGGGCAAACUUUACCCCGAAUCCCUGAUUGGAGUCCACUUUAAUAUGGCAUUCAUAGCUAGCGGAGCUUCGAAUUUCCUAAAAAUGAUCGCUGGCUCAUAUUACCCAUCGCUGGUGUUCGAGGACAAGACUUUCAGCCAGUACUCGUUGAAGAAGAUGUUGUUGUUCAUGGUGAAGGAGAGUGGUUACAUGCACAUUCAGUCCACAAAGCCUGACACUGUUGGAGUGGGCUUGAACGACUCGCCACUUGGAUUGUUGGCUUAUGUUGGCGAGAAGUUCAGCACCUGGACUGAUCCAACCUUCGUGAACAAACAGGAUGGAGGAUUGGAGAAGUAUUACACCAAGGAUGAGGUAUUGACCAUCAUUUCCAUUUACUGGUUCAAUCAGAAUAUUCUCGCUUCUCAACGAUUGUACAAGGAAACUUUCGGCGAUCCACAUUACUUGGCCUUCUCAAGGUAGGUUUUGAAGGUUAGCGGCCUGCUGUCUGAAAAUGGGGUAGGGUAAUAUAAGGUAAGGUAGGGCUAAGUAGGGUAGAGUUGGUUGACGUAAGGUACCUUCAGGGGACAUGUUAUACGAAUGCUGUAAAGAUUUGGCCAUUUUUUGCCUUGUAAAGUAGACAUGAGCAACGGGCCGGGCCUAACUUUCAGGCCCGGCCCGUUUUUGAUUUUGCUCAGGCCCGGCCCGGCCCGAAGGUAGGGCCCGGCCGGGCCGGCCCGUUGCUCAUGUCUAUUGUAAAGAAAGUUUUUGCCAUUUUUGUUUUGUAAAGAAAGUUCUUGCCAUUUGCCAUUUUUUGUUUUGUAAAAAAAGUUCUUGCCAUCUUUUGUUUUGCAAAGAAAGUUCUUGCCAUUUUUUAUUUUCUAAAGAAAGUUCUUGACAUUUUUUGUUUUGUAAAAUACGUUUCUUCUUCCGUCGAUAAAAAAAAUUCGAGUUUUAAAAUUUCGAAUUUUCAGUGCCUACUGCUCAGCCCCAACCGGCUUCGCCCAUUUCCCUAACGAUUUGGUCCAAACUCCGCACGAACUGCUUCUGCCCGGCUACAACCUGACCCACUACACUUAUUUGGAAAACGGCGGCCAUUUCGCGGCCUUCCAGUUCCCAAAACAGCUGGCCACGGAUGUUAUCAAGUUCACUAAGUCCAGAGUCUUCUAA